CUGUAUCUUGUCAAUGUGCUGUAAAAAUCGAGUUUUUGGAUCCUCUGCGGAUUAUUGUACAUGUGAGUGACUGUGAGUUUGGAAAAGGGAGCAAGUGUCCUGUGGUUUAGAGAAGAAAAAGUGGAUUUAGAAAAAAGUGAAAAAUAGUGCCAUUGUGAGAGGACAUAUCCUGAAAAAGGGUGGCCCUUUGAGGUUUCGAUUUACAGUGAAAAAAAGAGGAUUUAUGUGCCAAGUGAUCUGGAUUUAAUGAAUUUCUCAACACCUGGAGAUCGAGAGUUCUGCAGAAAUAUCAGGAGUCGUUCGAGCAUGGAUGGAGAGGAGAUUUCAGGAAGAAGAAACGAGGGAUGAAAGAUGGCAACGCUUUCCGGAGAAACAGGUGCGGAGGCACCAGGAAUGGCGACAGGUGCCAAUGCAGGAAUAAUUCCGAGACGUGUCAAUCUCGAAUUUCCACCUCCACCUUCCUAUCCACCUCCUCAGAACAAUCACCAUUUGCAUAAUAUCCAGAUCCAUAAUAUCCAUCAUCAACUCCAUGAUAUCCACGAACUCCAGGAAGUCCAAGAGAGCCACGACGUCCACAGUCAGAAUGAAAAUUGUUCCAAUUUGUCGGAGGACUUUUCCAACAAUUCGAUGAUGUCCACUCUGCCAAGUUCCUCUCGACUUCGACCUUUUCAGGAAUAUUCCUACGCGUAUUAUGAACCCAACACCAGUGGAAUUUCUAAUCCAUAUCCAAUGAGUCUGCAGCAGCAGCGGAUUUAUCAGCAAUCUCAGAAUCAUUAUCAGCAAAAUCCGUAUCUUCUGCGACAAAUGGAUCCGACCAAGAGGCACACUUAUGUCACGAGAUACGGCACUGAGGAGAAUAUCUACGAGGAAAUUUCGGAUCUUGGAAGACAAUGUUCUCGAUCUAUACGAGGGUCCCGUCAAUCCCUCGUCGCCGAAGAAGUCCGAAGAGUGCAAUCUCGACAUCGUCGAGUCCUCGGGGAAUUAAAUCUCAGCAUGGAAGCAAUGUUAAUGCCAAAGAUGAUCGAGGGUGCUGAAAUUAAUUCCGAAAACCAAAAGGACACUUCGACGGAAGAAUUGUUGGGAAAUAUGAGUCCAACUGAUCAACUUCUUUCGCCAGUUGCUUGCGAUAUGGAUUCUGGAUUCAGUGGAAGCUCCAGUGCCAGUUAUAGAUCUGGACUUGGAUCUUUGAGAAGGGGAGUUGUGAAUCAAAGAAACAAUCACGAGGCGAAUCAGAGGAAAACAAAAGCUGCGAUGAUCUGGAAAAAAGGCUGGAAGAAACUUCAGGCGUUGGGGAGCAACUUGGAGAAGCAAAAGAACGACGAGCCUCGUUCGCGGUGCAGAUCAUGGGAUGACGUGGGACCGAUUCCAAUGGACACGGUCAGCCAACAUAGCAGACAUCAGCGUCUGCCAAUGGAACCAAUCGGUUCGAAUACGUCGACGAGGUCGGCGAGAAGUGAAGAUUCCUGGUGCUCAGCAUCCGAUCAUGAUCUCUCGUCCGACGAGGAGAGUGAAAAGAGUAGUGUCAGUAUUAAGAGCAACUGCCAGUUGAGGAACACCAUUCACAAAGCGCGAACGCUUUGCGACAAGUGGAGGUCCCAGAACAUUCGAAUCAGCAAUUCCGAGUCCCUAGAGUCCUGCAACCAGGGAAGACUCUCAAGAUGGUUCAGCAUUCGAAGAGGAUCGACCCAUCAGUACGAUGUCGACACUUCGGACACUGUUUCGCUGACAAGUCCCGUCAAAUCUCCCCAGAUGCCCCAACUUUCCGAGUUGGAAGAAGAAGCGGGCACGGUAGGACAAUUUCAGGUUAUUCAGCGAAGACAGGUGCCUCCCUCUUUGCCUCCAGUGCCACCAAAUUUAACGACACAGCAAUUAAAGCGAAGACACAUCGUCGAUGCGAUCGUUCGUUCAGAAAAUAGUUAUGUCUCCACUUUGCAGAGGCUUGUGCUUGACUACAAGAAGCCUCUGGAAGAAUCGUCACCGCCAAUUUUAAGUCAAUCGAAAAUUGCAACACUUUUUCAUAGACUUCCGGAGAUUCUACAGUGCCACACGAUAUUCAGAAUUGCGCUCGCUGAGUACGUGAGAUCGUGGGAUAAAGAGGAGAAACUCGGCGAUGUGUUUGUCGCGAGUUUCAGCAAAGCGAUCGUUCUCGACAUCUACAGUGAUUUUAUUAACAAUUUUUCGGUGGCGAUGGACCUCGCGAAGCAAGAAUCAAAACGAAAGACUGCACUUGCUGAUUUUUUUAAGGUGAAGCAAAUAAGCGCCCAUGACCGAUUAUCUUUCUUUGGACUGAUGGUGAAACCCGUACAGAGGUUUCCCCAAUUUAUUCUAUUUUUACAAGACUUAUUGAAACACACGCCGCAUGGACAUCACGACAGGAUGUCUUUGCAGUUGGCGUUGACGCAGCUCGAAAGUUUAGCGGAAAUGCUAAACGAGAGAAAAAGAGAAGCUGAACAGUUUCAGGCGUUUAAGGAGAUGCUUCGCCAGGUGUCGGGAAAACUCUCGCAUCGGCCGCUCUCUUCGUCCUCGCGGUACCUGAUAAGAGAAGACGACGUUACUCAGUUGGAGUUCAACCAAAACGGUAUGAUCACAAAAUCGAAGAGAAGACGUCUUCUCCUUUUAAAUGACUUAGUAGUCUGCGUUUCCGUGGCGUCUAGAGCCACGGAGGAUUUUUCCGGAAACGAAAGACUCACUCUAAAAUGGACGCAUCCAGUCUCGGAGGUUGAAAUUCAAGAUACUAGCACCUCGCCAACUCUGAGUCGUCUGUUGACUGCCGGCCUUAACAAAGGAAGCAGUUUGAGAUCGGACAGAAGUGGCGAAAGUGGACAGAGCGGACAAAGUGGACAACUCGGGGCAGACAGUCUCUGUGCUGAGAUGAACGAUCUCAUGCACGAUUAUGAAGUAAUGUCGAGGAUAAGCGACCUCGUUGCUCAGCUCAAAGGAACCUACGAGGGUAUGACUUUGGACACGACGAAACAGAUUUUGCAGACCAUCCAGUCGUCGAUUCAGCAGAAAGACGAGGACAUGGUUUGGGCGGACAGUUGUUGUCUCCAGUUGAUGACGAAGCAGGGACAAAUGUACACUUUUCAGACGGACAAUCCUCUGGUGAAAAAAGACUGGGUCACGGAAUUGCGAUUAGCUCAAUUGGCUCUCGAUCCCAACAAUUCGCCUUCCUGGGAAGUGCCGGAACAGGAGCAGAGACCCUCGACGAAAAUGCCACUUUUCGUCAGCUCGCAGCCUGUUUACCAGUCGCAACACCAAACCGAAGUCCGUUGCGGCUGCUUCUACACAACCCAGAAUCCCCGACCAACCAGAAGACGAGGCCGCCACCAAAAUUACCUCUGGAUUUGCACUGGAGACGGCGUCUCGAGUCACGUGACAAUUUUCAACCAGUCAACAACCGCAUCAUCAACAUCCCUCAAACAAGUCUCGGCCUUCGACCUGUUCGAGACGCGAGUCGCCGCAAUGGAGUUUGUGAAAGGAAUCCCCGGCGAAACCUCAAACCUCGCCUCCGAUUUAGUCUGGAUGGGCACCGAUUCGCGAAAAAUCAUCAUCUACCAUGCCGCCGAGCCGGAAAAGCACGAGGAACUCGGAAGCUACGCAGUUUCCGGCCCCGUAAUUCAAAUCAAGUAUCAUUACGACAAUGUUUUCGUCGCUCUCGGCACCGGAUCCUUGCUCAUGUUCCGCAGACAGGCCGACGGAACUUGGCAUCUUCGUGAGCCGCUCGUCGUUCAUCUCGGAACCGAGCCCACUUCCUGUUUAAUGCCCAUCAACUCCUCGGUUUAUGCCGCGUCCGGGAAAAAGGUCUGGGUUCUCAACGCACUCACGGGUGAAGUCGCGAAAAAUUUCAGCGUUCAGCACGAGCACGUCGGCAGUGUGAAACUCAUGGCGCACUCGGGAGUUGGACUCUGGGUGGCUCUGAAGAAUUCGAGCACUGUUUGCCUCUAUCAUACGGAAACCUUCAAACACCUCCAGGACAUCAAUAUCGCCUCGAAUGUUCUACGAGUGACGAAAUCCGCCACCUCCUCCAAUUCGAAUUCCUGUGGCGACAAUCUCAACAACAAUCAAACUUCCGUCUGGGUAACAUCACUGAUGGCCUGCAAGGGUCUCCUCUGGGUCGGAACGAACGUCGGCAUAAGUCUGACGAUUCCUCUGCCGCGUCUCGAGGGCGUUCCAAUAAUCUCCGGUCGCGUCAAUAUUUCGUAUCACGCGCACUUUGGACCAAUCACUUUCCUCCUCGCGAUACAGAACACCAAGAGUCUUGUCUGCCCGAAAGAAAUGGAGGAAGCUCCGGCUGCGCAUCGCUCAACGCCCGAAUCCAACCAACGCAAGGACAAGCCUCUGGACUCUUCGAAUGUGGUGAAACUCCGUCAUCAACUGGCCGAGAGUCCCGUGAUGCUACGGCGAAAACUUCGCAGUCGGGAGAGUGAAUUUCGCGGCUCGAAGACACUGCCGCGCGGCUUGGGCUGCACAGGCGGAUUUUUGUCAAGCUCGACAUCGAGCUCGCAGAGCUCGGGCGAGAAUUGCGAUGUUUAUGGACUCUACGGGGAAUUGAUGUACGUGAAGGAUUACGAGAACGAGAAUAAUUCGGGGAUCGAUCCGGUUUACGAGACGUUGCGCAGAAGUGAUCCGGAAUUGGCGGCGAUUCCGAGUAAAGUCAGCACCCUGGAUCGACGGCUUCAGAUGAAAAUCACACGACCGCGAUCCCUGGACCUGUCGAAUUGGUCCGUCGAUUCGCACGCGAGUUCGCUCUACACGUCUUCGGGCUCCGAGGAGAAUUUGAGUCUGAAGGCGGGCAAGUUGUCGCGGAAUAGCAGCACGGCGAGUCGAAAUGGUCCGUACGAGGUGAGAGGCGGCGAGAGCAAAGAGUCGCCGACGAGGGACGUGAAGGCGACCUCGACGCCGACGAAUGAGAAGAGCAAGGGUGGAAAUAGUAGUGGGAAAAAGGGCGGUGGGGGAAAGACGACGUCGACGGCGAAUCAGGAUCAACCAAAAAGGACUGUUUUGACGCUGAUGGGUGGCCGAGGUUACGUCAAUUGGCGGCAGAUGAAUGCUCAGAGUGAUAAGAAUCAGAAGAUUAGUUUUAAGGAUCCGAAUAGCAACGACGCGCACAUUGUUCUCUGGGAAAUGAAGUUAUGAUGACUUGUUCCGCGGCGAGACUCGGGCACGAAAAACCGGGAGGUUUUUCUGCACCGAGGUGCUUUCACAAUCCGGAAGCUUCCUAGACUUUCCGUAAGUUAGACAAUGAUUAGGUGGUAAUCGGUUGGAGACUGAAAAAAAUACAGCAAAAUAUAUGAUUUGUAUAUUUGAAGUUUUUGAGUUUUUCUAGCCUACGAGAAUGAGGAGACGAAGGUUUAGAAA